AUGGACCCUCCGAACAAGGUCACCAUACCAGGCCUGACACUUCUUUUCGGAAAUCUCCACACUCAGCCAGAGGAACAGCAGACCAACAACUCCACCGACAGUCCAAUGCUAGACGGUCCCACCGACAAUCCUCUCACCACUGAGGAUCAGCAAGUCGUCGCCGGCACUCCCUCACCCGCGCCCACAGCCGACCCUGUGGCCAUGGCUCCAAGCAAGGAUCUUGCAGCUCCCAACCCUGCUGCGUCGUUCAACGAGUCAGAUCUUCCGGACGACACAGCUUUGACAGCAAUGGAUACGGCAUCCGACGACACCGACCCCGAUGUCGAGGAGGAGCCGGAGCUCGUCGUGCCUCGGCGCUGCCUGCGCUGCAAGAACAUCAAGAAAGGCUGCAGCGGCGGCAUCCCGUGCGACCUCUGCACGCGUUCGGGACUGACGGCGGAUGAAUGUGAGACGGACGUCGAGUAUGAUGAGGCGCAGCGCAGGAGGCUGUCCAAGCGAAAGUCAGGUGCCAUUCCUAACGCGUCAAUCCCAAAGAGGAGCAUGUCCCCGAAGAAGAGAGGCCACCCGCCCGGUACCGGCGCGCGUGGCGCCGCCAAAGAGGCAAGUACGGCAGUGGCGCCCGGUACCGACAUGUCCGCAUCCGCCGCGACAGAUACCGCGAACCUGGAACCUGGCACUCCCUCAACCACGCCGCCUGACAGUCCGCCCUUCAGCAACGCGCAACUGAUGUCGAUCGGUGACAGCGUCACGAGCGAGGGUAACCUCCAGACUCCUCCGUCGCGCGCGCCUGCUGCCGCGUUUGCGCAGAUGGCAAUCCAAGAGACUCCUCACUUCCAGCAGCCGUCGGCUCCCGUGUCAACCAUGUCGCAGCAAAGUGGCAGCGACAGCGCCAACUCCGGCGGUACGAACAAGCGUCGCGCCACGCCGGCCAAGACGCCGCGCAAGAAGGCCGAGUCGCCCACGCCUCGCGCUACCAAGGAGAAGAAGACCAAUGCAAACGGAGACGGUGCCGAGAAGAAGCCCAGAGCGCCGCGCAAGCGUUCUACGAAGAAGGCCGAUCCGAAGGGCGUUGGUCCGAACGGCGCGACCCCGGCUCAAGGCUCUGGUCUCCGUAACGAGAUUCUCCAAGACGGUGGAUCGGACAAGGCCACCCCGUCGACUACCGCCGGCUUCACGCAGCCUUUCGGAGCUGUCGGUCAGACUCUUACCUCUUUCACUCCCGGUCAGAUGCCUGUGGGCUCCUCUGCGAACGCUCCGUACUAUCCCUGGGUGAUGCGCCCAUUCGAAGAACAGGCCGGUAAUUCAUCCGGCCGUAGUGGCCCUCGUGUCGAUUCGGAAAGCCACAACGCUGGAGUUCAGAGCCCUGCGAUGCCCGAUGCGAUGGCUCAAAUUGCUCACGCUGUAAGCAUGAGUGACAAGCUCAACAGAGACCUUGGAAUUGCUGGCACGGAGGCGCAGUUCUCCGUCGACGUGGAGCAGGAGAUGCUCCGGGCUGCGGCGGUUGAGCGUAUGUCCGCCAUCCCCAAAGCCUUUGCAGAUGCGGUCCAGAAUCAUCAACGCCAAGUCCCUGUGAGUAACCCCCAUGCCGUUCCUAGAGUGGAGAUAACUUCUCACGAACUUGUGCAAAAGGAUUUCCAGCUUUCGGCUGACAGUCUCACCCGCUACAAGGUUUCGGACAACACCACCACCGGCGAGCCUAGCAACGGCACCGACGAGAACGGUCCCAGCGUCAUCCCAAGCAAGAGGAACACGCCGCCUAACGGCGACCCUAACGCAUCCAAGCGCCCUCGCACCGCCGAGCCCCAGCCGGCCGCCGCGACCACUCCCGUCCAGCCAGUUCCCAACGGCAACAUUCAGCAGGCUCCGAACGGAAAUAACCAGCAAGCUCCAUACAGCAACAACCAGCAAGCUCCGUACACCAACGGCCAGCCCGCCGCCUACGCCGCGCAGCAGCCCAUCAACCAAGACCCGUUCCCCUUCCCGGCGCCGCUCCAGCACUCUGACGACCCGCGCGGCCACCUGCUCACGCAAAUCGUCUCCAUCGCCGACCGCAUCCACCGCUCCCACGCCGGCGCGUACCCGGGCUACCUCCAGCGCGGCCCCGGACCCGUCCCUCUUCCUGCCCCCGUCGUCCACGCCCUCACGCCCAGCGAGCUGCGCGCCCUGAUCGUCUUCGCGCCGGGAGUGUCGAUCAGCACCUACGCACGCCUCACGCCCGCCAUGGCCGUCGCCGCCGAGGCCGAGCGCUACCUCUGGUGGUUCCAGCAGACGUUUGGCGAGGAAGAGAUCGUGGCUGGCCUGCCGUACGAUGUGCCGCCGCCUGGACAUAAUUGGGCGAGGCUGAGGCUGGACAAGCCGCUGCCGGUGAGGUGGAGCGCGGAUAUGCGGCCGCAGGGUGAUUGGCCGGUUGGUGGGUUGGUGGAGUAG